CGCCCUGCCCUCUGCGCGUCCCCGUUCAGUAGGGCUCGAGCCGUUAACGGAGCGGCAGAUCACGGACGUGUGAUUACACAUUUCUCCCCAACAAAAUAUCCAUCAGAGCCCACGUUCAGUUUAACAACAGUUCCGCGAUAUUUGGAUUACGAUGGCGCACACGGGUUCGUGAGGAGAGCGUUGUCGUUCGCUGAAGUACAUUAAUGGAUCUUGAGAGAGGAAAUGUCAUUGCUGGCUAUGCAGCCCUCACGGAGCCAUCGGAUUUCAACAAAAAUAUCUUAAUUUGUGUUCCGAAGAUCAACGAAGGUCUUACGGGUGUAAAACGGCACGAGGAAAGUGUAUUUCACAGAAAGACAAAUGCUGAAUCCCAUUUAUCAUACUAUCUCUCCAGUGUAGUAUGUGAGAUUGAGAUUGUGUAUUAUUCAUAAUAAAAAAGGUACUGACAGCACAGUUUGUAAACUGUGUGUGGGUGUGAAGUUCAGCCUGCAGUUUGUGUGUGUGAUGGAGGGCUUUCCUGUCCACUGAUGCUGCAGCACUGCCCUGCAGUCAUGUCUGCAUGCAACACCUUCACUGAACAUGUAUGGAAACCAGGGGAGUGCAAAAAUUGCUUUAAGCCUAAGAGCCUACACCGGCCUCCAGAGCAAGCCAAUGAGAGCAAGACGAAUGUCAAUGCCAAACUUACAAACAGCCAGAGGAGCAUUUCCUCAUCCCGUACAGGGCAGGUCCGCCCACCUGUUGCCAAGAAACCUACUAUUGCAGUAAAGCCAACCAUGAUGCUGCCAUGCUCUCCACCAGGUCUAGACUCUGAGGGAAAUGUGCCAAGGCUUGCAGAGGGAGCGCAGGUCACUAAGAGCUCACCUUUCACUGUGUGGAACCACAACAGCCUGAAUAGCCAGAGACCUGCAGGAACAAACAACAAUCAAGGAGAGGAUUUGGUCGGGCAGACAGAGGCAUAUGGUGCAAUCUCCCCACAGCCAACUAGCAGCAACAACAAUGGACUGACGGACGUGCUGAAAGAAAUUGCUGGUCUGGGAUCUUCUCCAAGCUCAAGUAGAGAUUACUUCUUUGGCCGGAUAUGUAGUUCAUACCGGCGCUCAUUAGAGAGGGGCCUUCCACCGUCAAGCUGUCUCCAUGCUGGGAGUGGUGGUAGAGGAGCAAUGAAACGUGUUUCCCUCAGUGACAGUGCAGAGGUUAUCAGCUCUGAGGGAGGGCGUUUUUGUUAUCCAGAAUUUUCCAGUGACGGUGAUGAUGAGGAGGAUGAGAGUGGUGAUGAGGAUGAUGAUGAUGGAGAGCAUGACAGUUGGGAUGAAAGUGACGAGGAGUUGCUAGCAAUGGGGAUACGAAUGCGGGGUCAACCUCGUUUUGCCAAUUUCCGUGCAGCCACGCUAUCCCCGGUUCCCUUCGCUUUAGGGAAGAAGUGGAAUACAGUGCCUCUACGUAACCGUUCGCUGCAACGGUUCUGUGCAGUGGAUUAUGAUGACAGCUAUGAUGAGAUUCUCAAUGGAUACCCAUCUGUUGACACAAAUGGAGCACCUGCUCUUCUGUCAUAUGCCUCUGACCACCAGGGUAGUGGCUUUCUGUCCACUUCUGAGUCCACCACCUCACCCGAGUCCUUGGCUUCUCUGCCUGAAGAAUCCUGCGCUGGCAGCAGUAGGGGCACUGGUGACCAGAGAAAUGGUCUUCCUUUAACACCUAGUAAAGAACCUUUAGCCAGAGGACUGAGUUCGCCUAAAUCCAGUGAAACUCAUAAAGCUGUUCUAGCCAUCCGACUGGAAGAACAAGAUGACAGUCAGAGAGAGGGUGGGUCUCUCCCACAAGCUCUUCCAGGCCAGCCAAUCACAAUCAGCUUCAGCCCAACUGAGGAGCAGGCCAAGCCUUAUCGAGUAGUUAAUCUUGAGAAGGCUCCUAUCUGUAAGCCUUAUACGGUGGUGGAUGUGUCUGCCUCUAUGGCCACAAAAGAUGAUCACAGUCACUCGAGUGAAAGCACUCCAAAGUCAAGUGGGCACAACGUUGCGCUCUGCCCCUCUGCUGACCCCUGUCCUGUCUCACCCACCUCCCCUCAGUCCCCUAGAUCUCCUGUCUCACCUGUGGCAUCUCCCUCCAUUUCAUUAUCUCCACUGAUGCCUCAGUCUCCUACAGGUUCUGCCUCUGCAGCCCCCAGCUGUUUCCGCACAAAACCCGGCAGUAUCCGUUACCAAGAAGUGUGGACAUCUUGCACCAGCCCUCGACAGAAGAUCCCUAAAGUUGAUUUUACAUGCGGCGGUGCCGCUCCAAGGCUCAUCAAUCACAAAUCAGCUCCCACGUCUCCAACUACAGGCUUCGGCUCUGCCCGUACAGUCCCGACUAAAUCGCCCAACUUAUCUGAGAUCAAGUUCAACAGCUACAACAAUGCCGGCAUGCCCCCAUUUCCCAUCAUCAUCCGUGACGAGCCUGCAUAUGCACGCAGCUCAAAAAAAGCGGUAAAGGUUCCCAUAGUGAUUAAUCCCAGUGCUUAUGAUAACCUGGCUGUUUACAAGAGUUUUCUGGGGCUCAAUGGUGAGCUGCCGCAUUCCAAGCCUGGGGCCGGAGAGCGAGUGGCCAGCCACACAUAUGAAGAGAUUGGAUCUUCUGAAAGUUCCCAGCCCUCUCCAUCUGAGCAAACACCUCCUCAAUUGAAGCACACAACAGAUGUAACUGUUACUGGGGAACUGAGGACCACAACAGUAUCUGGGCAGACUGUAAACGACGGUAAAUCCAGGACUACAACAGGUGUCUCAGUCCUUCCUGCAGGUAGCUUAAGCCCUAAACCUGGUGUUUUGGCCCACAGCAGCCUGGAUCAUAUUCGUAACCCCAGCAGUGAGCAACAGCCAGAGGGCAGUAGAGACUGCCAGGUCACACUAAGUGGAAGUACAGGUCAAAGAGAGAAAGCAAGUGCUGUUCUGUCUCAGAUUGUGGCCUCCAUUCAGCCGCCACCUUCUCCUCCAGACUCCCCUGCUGGCCAGAGUAAGACCUACAGUGCUGAGGAGCUUUACUCGCUGCCACCGGAUGCUUCCAGAGAUACACUUACCCGACCUAAAUCACUCCACUGUUCUGCGGAACCUCACAAAGACACACCACAUAAACUCCUUCCCAAAUCUCAGAGUGCGUCUGCUGCUGUACCGCCCACAAGCCCCAAAUCUGAACCUAGUGCCCCAUUUCCCCCAGCCCGGUCUAGCUCCUCUCCUUACCACUCAACCAACCUGCUCCAAAGGCACUUCAGCAACUGGACCAGACCAGCUGGGGCCAAACCUAGUGAUGGAGAGACCAGUCCGGGUGCAGAGGGCAGGCGUUCGACUGACGGAAACAAGCCCAAGCGUUGGAUAUCCUUCAAGAGUUUCUUCCGCCGGCGGAAAGAUGAGGAUGAACAGAAAGAGAAAAUGGAGCGAGAGAAGGAAAAAGGGAAGUUGUUGGGAUUGGAUGGGACUGUCAUCACUGUACUGCCUCCUCCACCUUUACAGAGACAGCACUGGUUUUCAGAGUCCAAGACAGAUGACCCUCACCAAAAACCCACGAUCAUAUUCACCUACAAAUCAGAGAGCGUCACUGGUGGAGAGGAGGGGGAGCUUCGAGUUGAGGAGCACAAAGAGGGUAUCACAGCAGAAGGUGCAGCUUCCAGUCUGUCUACUCCACCCAAAAGCAGAGCCAGCAUUCUCAUUAGCAAAGUCAUGAAUCAGCUUCCAGUUCAGGAUACUGAGACCUCAUCAGCCACCUCUCUUCCUGCUAAGCUGGAGCUGUCGCCCCUGCGUGAGCCGCCUGCCUCCUGUCCGCCCCCAGUGUCGCCCACCUCAAACAGCGGCAGCCAGGCAGAGCGAGAGGAAGAGGGAAUCGCUCACACCGUCUCACACUCUCCUGCGUCCAGCAGCUGCAGGGCCACGUACACCAACCUGGGUCAAUCCAGGGCCAACAUGAUCCCUUUGAAACAUCCUAGACACCCUAAAUCAUCUGAUGACACUUUAACUUCUGACCCAGAGGUCACCGAACCCACGAGUAAAUCCACCCCUCCUCCCCUGCCCAAAAAGUCAGUCCCACGUGCUCAAACAGAGCCAUCCUCCGCUCUAGGUAGAGAACUCGCUGUCCCGCGACCCAAAGGAGAGGCCAAACCAGGCGGGACCAGUCUGAGUGUCGCCAAUCCACUCUAUGAUCUCGAGUCUACAUGGGACACGGCCAGUCAGAGCUCCUCUCUAAGCUCGGAGGCACGACAUCCCGACGAAUCCGGAGACUCCCUGGAGCGUCCCGUGGGUGGGCGGAGCCUGUCUUGCCUUUCCAACAGCAGCUCCAUGCAGGGAUGUGACCGCCGAGGCUACCGCAGUACAGAGAGUCUGACGGCCCGAACACGAGGGGCUGGGAGACCCGCUAAAGGCCAGAAGCAGGUGCCAUAUAGAGGCAUGGAGAGCUGGGAGGAAGUUGUCGGGAGGAUCCGAGGCCUGCACACGGACACCCUUCGUAAGUUGGCAACAAGAUGUGAAGAUCGAUUCAUGGCUGGACAAAAAGAUCAUCUGCGCUUCGGGACGGACAGCUGGUCUCACUUCCGGCUGACUGCGGGAAAACCCUGCUGCGAGGCUGGAGAUGCCGUGUACUACACAGCGUCUUUCGCCAGAGAACCUCUGGUGAACUAUGCUGUCAAGAUCUGUCGGGGUGUGGUGAAGGAGACUCAGCAGCAGUUUUUUCACAGCCUGGCAGUUCGGCAGAGUAUCGCUGUGCACUUCAACAUCCAGCAGGACUGUGGGCACUUCCUGGCAGAUGUUCCGGCCCGCCUGCUGCCUUGGGAGCAAGAGGAGGAUAGAGAAGGUGAGCGAGGUGGUACACAAGAAGGAGAAGAGGGAAAAGAAAAAGAGGACGAGAGAGAUGCGGCAGGACCGGGCGGGAAACUCUGCAGCCGUGUUGUGGUGAUCACUCGUGAGGUGCCGUUCCAGACGGUGGCGGAUUUCGUACGCGAGGGUGUGGAGCGGCACGCACGAAACCCUGAGCUGUAUGAACGGCAGGUGUGUCUGCUGCUGCUGCAGUUGUGUUCGGGACUGGAGCACAUGAAACCCUAUCAUGUCACGCACUGCGACCUACGGCUCGAGAACCUCCUCCUGGUGCACUGUCAGCCCGGGAACCCUUGGAACCUGGAGCUGCUGGAACCGAACAACAACGCCGCAUCCGGACCUUCCUCCGCCACGGCUUCCGCUUGCCCUGCCCGCCUCAUCAUCAGCAACUUCUCUCAGGCUAAACUCAAGAACGUGGUGCUGGAACCCGCUUCGCUCCGAGAUCAGUCCCGUCUGGCACCUGAGCUCCUCACUGCCACUCAGUACCGCAAGUGCGAUGAAUUCCAGACCGGCAUACUGAUCUACGAGAUGCUGCAUCGACCCAAUCCGUUCGAGGAAAGUCCGGCGCUAAAGGAGAGGGAAUACUGCAGCUCUGACUUGCCUCAGCUGCCGCUGCGCUCUCUCUACUCUAACGGCCUUCAGCAGCUCGCCACAUUGCUUCUCAACCCCAAUCCUUCUGAGCGCAUCCAGAUGGCGGACGCACGGGCGUGUUUGCAGUGUUUGCUGUGGGGCCCACGGGAGGAUCUCUUUAAUUCGCUAAACCCUGCUGCCGGGACAGUCCAGCGCCACACCGUCCUGCAGAACUGGCUGGACCUGAAGCGAACGCUUAUGAUGAUCAAGUUCGCCGAGCGUUCUUUGGAUUCAGGCUGUGGCGUGAGUCUGGAGGACUGGUUGUGCUGUCAGUAUCUGGCCUUUGCCACCACCGAAUCUCUCAGCAGAGUGAUCAAGAUCCUGCAGCAGCCACAGGGCGUGCUUAUCUGAUCACAGCAGUGAGGCUUUACACAUGUGCGCUGUACAGACGUGUAAUCUUAUUCGAGGAAACCGUAUCAGUUGACUCUUGUUAGUGAAUGUGUUUGGGUUUGCUUUACUUCUAAUACCAUGCAGAGAGUUCGAUCAAACCGUUUACAGGAUGAAAAGUGACAAAGUGAAGUCAUAUUUAACUCCACAGAUAAUGGCACAUUUAUAGAGCUGCUUUUAUAAACAAAGUGAAACUGCAUGACGUGUGUGUAUGUGUGAGCGUGUUGUGGGUUUUCUGCCAGUGUGUUUAGUUAUGCUUUUAAUUCUGCUGUAUAUCAGCAGGAAACCACUGAUCCAACAUCAGCUGCAUCAUGAUUUAUGAUUCCACUAACUCAUGAAACUAUUGGAUAACUAUUAUGUAAUCAUCACAUAUUGGAGUUUGUGUAAGGAGCCCCUAAAAUAAGGCUACGUUCACACUGCAGGUAAAUGUGGCCCACAUGUGACUCAUAUCUGUUUUCCCCAUGACAGUGUGAACAGUACAAACCACAUGGAAUAUGAUCUUUUCAAUUCUGAUUUGUGCCAUAUGUGGUACUAAAUCCGAUACAGGUCAAUGUUUUGUAAUGCGACCGCAGUGUGAACAGUCAUAUUGGAAUUCGUGCGAUUUUUACGUCACUCGAGAUCAACAUUCGUCACGAUUCUGCGCUCAUGAGAGUCUAUUCAAAGAUUUUACAUACCCAACAUUAUCAAGACAGUCAGUAGGAGGGGAAUGAUGUGUCAGAAGUCGUAAGUAAUACAGAGACAGCGCUUAAAUACAAGCAAAACAUGAGGGCUCGUAUCAUAAAAGUUUGAAAACUCUGCUCUUUUGUCACAUCACUGUCUUUGUUUGUCAUAUUGCCUGCGCAUAAUUUCGCUGGCUUCCGCGGCAGAUCACACUAUAAAUAAAUGCGUAAUCGCUUACUUUAAUGCCCUCCGUGUUUACUUCCGUAUGACAGUGCGCGGUGUGUGUUGCCAAGUCCACGAUUUUCCCGCAGAAUUGGGUUACUUUCUUACUGUUGCCGCGGGUUGUUUUGCAACUCUGUGGGUUGAAGCGACCGCGAUAUUUAACCUCCGGAACCUGAUUUCUAUCGGGAUACCCCACAAAACGCGAUUGGGCUAGUUUUGGACUAGUUUUGAGAAGCAAUUCAGUGGAUUUUCUGGUAAAAACCUGGAAACCCCGUUUUUAUCGUUCUUUUGCACAUGCAGGUCAGUUCAGAACCGUGAUCUGUUCACACUGGAAAUCUGACAUAACAAUGUGAACAGCUAUACAAAAAAAAUCAGAUCUGAGUGUGAACGUAGCCGAAGGGUCCUCCAUUAGGUCACUGAAUGAAUGAAUUUUAGUCUAACAUGCCUUACUAUGUAUCUGUGUAUGUUUGUAUAUAUAUAUAUAUAGAGAGAGAGAGAGAGAGAUAGAUUCAUGGAAAGAGGCAAAAACAUCAUCUUUAUUCAGUCAUUUCAAUCGAAUAUGUUUUUAUCAGAUCCUGAUAUAUCAUACAGAUUAGUUCGAGAGUACAGAUUGGAUAUUUUUCUACCACAACAAGAGCACUGUAAAGUUUACCAAAGACUAAACACUCUGAACCACACAGAACAAAACAUAUUUUUGCAUUUUACAUAUUCAAAGAGCAGAUAUUAAUACUCGCCCUCAUAAAGAAAGUGUCCUUAUGUACCUAAAACAAAUGCAGUUUGGUUCUUUAGCAGUACUUUGGCUCUCAAAAGUACUUAGGAGCAUUUCCAAUCACAGGGAUUGGCACCAAACUUGCUCUAAUCAAACUAGAGUCACUCCAGAUUCUGAUCGUAGCGUUCACACUUGCAGAAAAGGCUCUGAACUGCUUUUGGGACAUAUCAGGAUUAAUCUAACCCUGACCUUACAGAAUUACGAACCGAAUAUCGCUACGCGGAUAUAUGCGCAAUCAUUAAAAGUAAGUGUUAACAUUUGUUACAGUAUUUUAGAUAUAUUUAUCGCACUUGAUAUUCUCAGCAUGCAGUUAUUCUUUAUCUUCCUGUUCCUGUUCGGCACAUAAUUGAUGAGAAUUCGAGCUCUGGGAUCAGACCCCCAGCGAGGCAUAUGUGAGGAUAUUUGAUUGUGUGUGUGAAUCAUUAAUUUGAACCAGGGACGGCACAUUCUUCAGCAUUUUGUCCUUGUUGUAGUGUUAUUUUGAGGCGUGUGUGUGUUUCAGGCAAUGGCAAUGUAGAGACGACAUUAGAGUGAAGUGUGUUACACACACACAGGCUGCAUCCCAGUUUGCUUACUUCUACUGUGUACUACAGGUAUGUACUUCAGCAGUUAUGGGAAAGUAUAUACUUUGAGUAUGUAGUAUGCUAGUAUUGCAAUUAUGAAAUAACGCAGUAUGGACGCGUUAACAUCUAGCUAAAUUUAUUAUUACUUUCACAUGUAUUUAAAACUGCUGUGGCAACUUUGGCCUUUGGUUUUUAUCAUUUUUCACUAUUACAAAAAAAGAUGAAGAUCUGUUACAAGCCCUCUUCUGUAGUACAAGGGAAUUGUGGGUAAUAUUUAUAGCAUGGAUGGUAUGCAAAUUGGGAUGCAGAUAUUGUCACGGUUCCCUGUUUCUAUUUUUAUUUCAUUUACAUGUUUAGAUGAAAGAAAGGGAUUGCCAGAAAGGGAUUUAAUGAUUGAUAGCGCAUGAGAAACGGUUCGUGUGAGGUCAUUGGAUAGAGUCUCUGUCAAUCACAAACUAGGGCGGGAACAUUGGUUUGCUCCCAUCUUCCAUUUCCAAAGCAGCAGUUAUAGUUCCAUCAGUUCCAUUAGAGAGAAACAGGAAUAUUGUGUGUGUGUGUGUGUGUGUGUUAGAAAGAGAUUUCGGUGUGUCGCGCUGAAUGUUUGCGGGUCACACCGUAGCAAUAUGUUGUAUUGAUUUAUAUUUGUAUAUAAUAAUUUUGAGUGUAGUUUAAAUUCAUUUUAGCAUUACGGGCACAAUUCUGUGUCACAGAAAGAACUUGAGAGCGUGAAAGUAUCAGCAUAUGUCUGUAACCGGGAGAGUGUGCGCGAGCGUGUGUUUUUGCUCAUCCACCACCAUUUUAUCAGUUUCAUUCACUUCAUUUCACUGAAAUCAUGUAUUUACUGUUAUUUACAAAUGCUUAUUCCCAGUGAUGAUUUCACAGAACUGCUUUUUACCUACAACUGCAUAUCUCAUGGUAUUUAGCUCUACAUUACUGAGUUAACUGCUCAUAAUAAAACUAUGAAUAUGUUUUUAAA